AAUGCCGCACGUGGUAAUGGAUAGACUAUAAUUCCACGGUGGUGAGAGGUGGUACUUGAAGCUGUCAGUGACGGAGCCGCGAUAUAACCGCACGCGCAAUCGAUUCGAUUUCCGAACGGAUUUUGUUUUUUUUUUCUAAUUUUUUUUUAUGAUCGCGCUGUGGAGUCUAGUGAGUUUUUAUGUGUGAUUUUUUUAACGGUCUCGCCGAGAACGGUUCACUCUCGAGGUAGACUGUGGUAGUGGUUUGUGAGUUGUGACUGUGUGUGCUGAUAGUGAAUUGUGCAGUGUUGCCAACUUUACGGAGAGUUUUCUUUCCAUCAUGAAGGCCUCUCGGUGGCCGAUAGUAUGCCUGCCGAUACUUCUGGCGGCAUCGGCCUGCGGGAGCGACAUCCUCAUGGUCACCAUGGGGGGCACCAAGUCGCACAAGAUACCCUUUCUGGAGCUGGCAAGGGGUCUCAUUAGAAGGAACCACAACAUAACUCUAAUCAGCCCAUUCUCGCCCGACUUCCACAUCGAGGGUCUGGAGGAAAUCAUCCCGGAGGGCCUGGCCUCGUUCGUCCGCGGAUACAUGACCUUUGACCUGGUCGGGGCGAGGAUGAGGGGGGAGGAACCCCUGCCGUACAAGGAUAUCGUUAGAUACGGUUAUGAGGCGUGUGAAGCCUUCCUCAGCGAUUACGAGAUGAAAUCCUUCUUACGAUCAGGAAGGAGCUACGACUUGAUCAUGUUGGAUGGAGCCUACCCUGAAUGUGCCCUCGGUCUGGUCUACCGAAUGAAGCUGCCAUUCAUGUACAUCAACACAGUGGGCUUCUACGCUGGCCCAACCAGUAUAUCAGGGAGUCCAGCACCUUACUCCGUCACUCCCAUCUUCGCCAAAGCCUUUACUGACAACAUGGGGCUUGUUGACAGAGCGUUGAAUGCCUUUUGGCAUCUCGGAGCGUUGUUGGGCCACGGGAUAAGCGUGACAAUUCUGCAAGGAGUACUUAGAAGACAUUUUGGGCCAAAUAUGCCACAUGUAUACGACAUGGGGAAGAAUGUCAGCUUUAUUCUCCAGAAUGGACAUUACUCGGUGUCGUACCCGAGACCGUUUUUGCCGAAUGUGGCUGAAGUGGCGUGUAUACAUUGCAAGGAGUCGAAAACGUUGAAUUCUGAUCUAGAAGACUGGAUAUCCGGUGCCGGUGACGCCGGCUUUGUGUACGUGUCCAUGGGAUCUUCCGUCAAAACCAACAAAAUGCCGUUGUCGGCACACCGUCUCUUCGUUGAUGCUCUAGGGAGGCUGCCGCAGAGGGUGCUGUGGAAACAAGAUGGCGUGCAGAAUUUGACCAACAUUCCGUCGAAUAUACGCCUUUACAACUGGCUGCCUCAACAGGAUUUAUUAGGUCACCCCAAAAUCAAAGUGUUUAUCACCCACGGAGGUCUUCUCAGCAUGUUUGAAACAGUCUACCACGCCGUUCCCAUCAUAAGUAUACCAGUCUUCUGUGACCACGACUCCAAUGCGGCCAAGGCAGAGCUGGACGGCUAUGCGAAGAAACUAGACCUUCAGCAUUUGACAUCAGACAAACUGUACAGAGCUAUCAAAGAAGUGAUAAACGAACCUAAAUACAAAAUCCAGGUUAAAAAAAGGCAGACUUUACUCAGAGAUCAGAAAGAAACUCCCUUAGAAAGGGCUAUCUAUUGGACUGAGUAUGUAUUAAGGCAUAAAGGUGCUUACCAUUUACAAUCUCCGGCCAAAGAUUUGAAUUUCUUUCAAUACUACAUGUUGGAUGUGGCAUUUGUUGUCCUGAUUGCGUUGUUUACAACUUUAGCUCUUACGCUGAUUGUGGUAAGGUUAAGUUUCAAAUGGCUAGUUGAUUACGUACAAAGCAAACGUGUGGGUAGUUUGAUAGACAAGUCGAGCGAUUUGUUGAAGAGGUCGACGAAGUUGAUAGACAAAUCGUCAAAUAAGAAGAAGUUAUAAAUACUAAACUAAGUUACAAAUUAGUUACCAGAAAAGUUACCGAUAGAGAUUAACAGUAUUCGCCAAGUUUACUAUCAUGAAAUCUCAUACUUUGGUUACUUCAACUCCUUACUAACUAAAGGGGCUGGACUCACCGAGAGUUCGAGGUUCGAUACCCGCGUGCUGGACUAUUGUCGUGCUCACUCCUAAUGUCAGCCACUGACGAUCAAGUAACCUCACAUACCUGCAGCGCUAAACAGCUUGACAGCCAAAAACACUGAUCGUGUAUUGGUCGAGAUGUGCAUGCGACAUCAUGCCGAUCGCGACCAACAUACGAUCAGUUUUAUCAGACGUCAUGCCGUUAGCGCUGCAGACAUGUGAAAUUACUUGAUUGUCAGUGGUUGGAGGGAAAAAGGAAUAUUAGUCAUAUUUAAAAAAUAUGGCAAAUAUACUUAAAAAUAAAGUUUGAAAGAUCACCUUUCGGGUAAUUUUUUAAUAAUUUUAUGAGAUUUUAACCAAUUUCUUGUGUCCACGUGAUUCUAGGUUUCUAAGAUUUUUUAUUGUGAUGACAGAUUAGGUAUUAGGGAAUGUUAUUUGUAAAUAUUUAAUUUUAGGUUAAUAAAAGCUUUAUUGCGCAAA